AUGUAUAACAGCUAUCUGCAGAAUGUGAAAUUUUUUUCAUCAUUCCACUCUUAUCGAUCUAUCUAUCCCAUUCUGUUUCUAUCUAUCUAUCUAUCUAUCUAUCUAUCUAUCUAUCUCCAUCUGUUAGUCUGUUUCUAUCUAUCCAUCCCAGUCUGUUCAUAUUUAUCUGAGUCUAUUCCUAUCCAUCUCUUACCCUGUUUAUAUCUAUCCCAGUCUGUUCUUAUCUAUCUAUCUAUCUAUCUAUCUAUCUAUCCCAGUUUCCCAGCCUGUUCUUAUCUAUCUAUCUCAGUCUGUUCAUAUCUAUCUAUCUAUCUAUCUAUCUAUCUAUCUAUCUAUCUAUCUAUCUAUCUCAGUCUGUUCAUAUCUAUCAACAUGUAUCUAUCUAUUGCAGUCUGUUCAUUAUCUAUCUAUCUAUCUAUCCUAGCCUGUUCAUAUCUAUCAACAUGUAUCUAUCUAUCCCAGUCUGUUCAUAUCUAUCUAUCUAUCUAUCUAUCUAUCUAUCUAUCUAUCUAUCUAUCCCACCUGUUCAUAUCUAUCUAUCUAUCUAUCUAUCUAUCUAUCUAUCUAUCUAUCCUAGACUGUUCAUAUCUAUCAACAUGUAUCUAUCUAUCCCAGUCUGUUCAUAUCUAUCUAUCUAUCUAUCCUAGCCUGUUCAUAUCUAUCAACAUGUAUCUAUCUAUCCCAGUCUGUUCAUAUCUAUCUAUCUAUCUAUCUAUCUAUCUAUCUAUCUAUCUAUCUAUCUAUCUAUCCCAUUUGUUUAUAUCUAUCUAUCUAUCUAUCUAUCUAUCUAUCUAUCUAUCUAUCUAUCCUAGCCUGUUCAUAUCUAUCAACAUGUAUCUAUCUAUCCCAGUCUGUUCAUAUCUAUCUAUCUAUCUAUCUAUCUAUCUAUCUAUCUAUCUAUCUAUCUAUCUAUCUAUCUAUCAAAAGAUGAUAAAAAGAUAA